CAUCACCAUCUUCCCUUUCCUAAACUCUCAGCAACCAAACACAGUCUCUCGCAGGAUCAAACCGUCCAUCACCAACUCCGAACCCAAAACCAAACCCACCCAUUUCCAAAACCCCACCACACCUUCAAUGUUCUCCACCAUUCUCACAAACCGUGUCCCCUCAAAACCCCAUCUCCCCAAACCCCAUUCCCCCCAUUUCCCAAUCCGCUGCGGAAUCCGCGAAAUCCGCGACCGAAUCAGCAGCAUCAAAACCACCCAAAAAAUCACCGAAGCAAUGAAACUAGUCUCCGCCGCCCGAGUCCGCCGCGCCCAAGAAGCCGUCAUCAACGGCCGCCCCUUCUCCGAAACCUUCGCCGAAGUCCUCCAAUCCAUCAACCAACAGCUCCAAUCCGACGACGUCGAAGUCCCCUUAACCGCCGUUCGCCCCGUCAAAAACGUCGCCCUCGUUGUCAUCACCGGCGACCGCGGCUUAUGCGGCGGGUUCAACAACUCCGUCGCCAAAAAAGCCGAAGCCAGAGUUCACGAAUUGAACAAACUAGGUAUAGGCUGUGUUGUCAUUAGUAUCGGUAAAAAGGGUAACUCUUAUUUCAAACGUAGGAGUUUCGUUGAAGUUGAUAGAUUCAUCGAAAACCGCGGUUUUCCGACGACGAAAGACGCUCAGAUUAUCGCUGAUGAUGUUUUCUCACUCUUUGUUACUGAGGAAGUUGAUAAAGUUGAACUUGUUUACACAAAGUUUGUUUCUUUAGUUAGGUUUAACCCAGUGAUUCAGACAUUGUUACCGUUAUCGAAAAAAGGCGAAGUUUUGGACGCGAAUGGGAACUGCGUUGACGCGAUGGGAGACGAGUUUUUUAGGUUAACUUCCAAGGAUGGGAAGUUGGCUUUGAAGAGAGAUGUUGUGAAGAAGAAAUCGAGUGACGGGUUUGUUCCGGUUAUGGAAUUUGAGCAAGAUCCUGCUCAGAUUCUUGAUGCGAUGAUGCCGCUUUAUUUGAAUAGUCAAAUUUUGAAGGCGUUGCAAGAAUCGUUGGCGAGUGAACUUGCUGCUAGAAUGGGUGCUAUGUCGAAUGCGACUGAUAAUGCUGUUGAGUUGACUAAGAAUCUUUCUGUUGUUUAUAAUAGGGAGAGGCAAGCCAAGAUUACUGGGGAGAUUUUGGAGAUUGUUUCUGGAGCGGAAGCGUUGACACAGAUCGAUUGAUCGGUUUUUUUAGGUAUGUAUUGUUGAGAUAAUACUAUUAUUGUUGUUAAUAUGCAGAACAUAUGAGAUUAUAGAGUUUCCUUACUUUACAAAUAGGUUGUUGAAAGAUGAUUUAUCAAGAGAUAGAGAAUGUAGGUUGGGGAUUUUGACCCCUAAUUCAUUUACUUGUGGUUCAAGGAAAGGGAUUUUGUUUGAUUUAUUGUAAUGGAAUUAUUUAAUACAAGGAAUGUUAGCACUUAACAGGAUUUUAACAGGAUUUGAACAUGAGAUCUUGAGUGGAGUACAUUCUCCGGACUCAAACCUUCAUCAACAUUGUUAACACUUAGCAGGAUUCAAACAUAAAACGUCUUGGGGUUUGCAUCAUGCUUGUUACUUAUAGUUGAAAUAAUUGCUUGUUGUUUGAGUUUAACUUUGAUUUAAAGAAAGCUUUCAGGGUAAUAGCAAAAUCUUGGUCUCAGAUUUUCAACAUGCUUUUGUUUAACCGUCCUCACAAAAUAUUAAAGACCUUUGUUUGGAAUCAAUGAUGGAAUGGUAUGAAAUGAAGUAGAAUAGAAUGAAUGCAGUUCUAUUGUUUGGAUUUAGAUAAAGAAGUUGGAAUGGUGUGACUUGUGAGUGAGACAUGAGAAGAUUGACUCCAUCUCAUUAUUGAUCUUAUAACCAUAGGAUGAAAUCAAGUGUUAAAUUGGUAAUUACAAAAUUAUCCAUAUUAGCAAAUUGAUCUUAUAACUAUAGGAUGAAAUCAAGAGUGUUAAAUUGGUAAUUACAAAAUUAUCCAUAUUAGCAAAUUAAGUGAGUUACUUAUAGGUUGGACAGAUUUCAAUAGUAGGUUUGAAACCGAUAAAAGGAUUGAUCUAGUUAUUUAAUUAGAAUAGAAUAGGGUUGGUUCGGUCGGGCUAUAAUUAUUUUGAUUAUGUCGGACGUCAAAUUCGAUCGGGUUUACUUAAUAUUUAUUUUUAUUAAUGUAGGGUUGAUCCACUAUAAAAA